AUGACUGUUUUUACGCAUCCGCUGACAACAGACGAGACACACGAGAGAGCAAACAUCAUCUGGUCAGGGAGUCGAUGUCAUGAAUUUCUUUGGAUCGGAAUACUCUGGCACCUCUACGGCGAGUAUGCCCGGGCAGAUCUUCUGGACAUUCUAUUCAGGUCUGAAAAGACCACAACCACACCCAGCAUUCCCUACUACUCCCAAGCCGAUGCCGACAGUGCCGUACGCAAAUAUGGCUACUUUCAGGUAGGCCCAGGCUACACGUUCCAGGAGCUAUGGGAUGCCUGUACGAGCUUCGACACGGCUUCGUUGGAAGAAGGCGUCAUCCGAGCUUGGUGGAUGUAA